AUGCUAGUCUUCUUCGUUGUGUUUUUCUUCGGCCACGCGCUCACUUGCGCGUCAUUGUGCCCUUCCCUUUGGCUAGACAAGGUCUGUGUGCAUCAGCUGGACGAGCCGGCAAAGCAGCGUGGCAUCGCAGCGCUUCCGAACUUCAUUGCACGGUCCAAUCGCAUGCUCAUCCUUUGGGACAAGUUCUAUUUUGAACGGCUCUGGUGUGGGCUGGAAGUAUCCCUCUUUCUGGAGAAUGAUGGAAGUUUAAAGCAGGUGGACCUCAUGCCGCUUUGGAUGCCACCAUGGCUGUUAAGCACCAUGCUGGUAGACUUGCUGUGCGCGACAAUGUUCCAGCUGCGGGAGUUCAUGUUCAGUGGCUGGUCCACAGCGUACAUGCCAGUUAUUCAACAGAGCCUGUCGCAGUGGCUGGGGCGCGAGUCUGGUGGGACGGUCUUCGGCACAUUCUUUAUGGUGGGCUUGUUUGCUGGAUUGUGCUAUUUGCCCGCUGCCAUCCCAAGUAUGUUUUCUUUUGUUCGCAAGCUCCACCGACAUGGCUUGAUGCUCGACCAGCUCGAGCACUUCGACGUGCGACGUGCCAAGUGCACUCUUGAGUCUGACCGGACAUACAUUGAGCAAGAGAUUACAAAGCGCUUUUCCGCUGGAAGCUCCGGCAGCCUGGCGAAGAGAGCGAUGCGCUGGCCCCGCCAGUCAACAUCUGGCUUGGAGCGGAAACUGCUGUCGUCACCGUCAAAUUUAUCGUGUUCGCCGGGCUUGGAACGGUUCAAUGCCUGCGUGCAGGGUCCUCUCUAUGAUGCUGUCUGCGACAGGAUUGGGCAUGAGCUGCAUGUGCCGUAUCAUAUUUGCCUCAUCACUUUCCUGCCCAUGAUGCUGCUUGCGGCUGUAAACGUUUUCGGCUGCGAUGAUGGCCCCUGCGACAAAAGCGCCAAGCAAUCCGAUAGCACGCUGCUGCAGUAUAUGAUGCAGAACACAUUUGGUUGGGUGGCAAGCCUCUUGCUGGUCUUCCCUGCAGCCCACUCAUUGCUCUUGAGGCUCUUGAAGGCAGUCCAGACCACUGACAACCUCUUCUCCCAGGUUCUGCGGGCGCUGGUCAGCGGGAUCGUGGUCUACGCGUACAUUUGGGCCUGCUUUGGACUUGUCCUUGGUGCGGUGGCCUCACCCUUUGUGGGACACUUCCGGCCGAUGUGGUUAUUGAUUUCAGCAGGCAUUUUCGCCUUCCUGAUCUGGCAGGCCUACAUGCUCUUCUGCACCACGCGGCGACCCGAGACCAUUGCCUGCAGCAGAUUCGCUGACACGCCUUUCUGA